AGAAUGAACUGUAGCCAUCAGUAGAAGAAGAAGCAGUCAGGCCUCCCGUUGGUUGCUUGAGCUUACGCUGACGUGUACAUCGUUUUCUCUCAUUAACUUAGAGUAACAUUUUCAGGUUAAACAUGGAUAUCGUGUUGUACGUGAUAGCUGCUGCUGUUCUCAUCGUCCUCAUCGUGUUCGCGGUGAAGAUUCGUGGGAAAACACAGGAAGCUGAUGUUGAGCACCAGAGGGAGGUUAUCCGGGCGGCGGGGCCUCCUCGGCGGGCAGCAGAAGACAGAGGAGCCGGGAUGCCCCGUAGAAGGAGGAACCUUGCUGCUGCGGUAGAGAACAGGGAGCCUGUUGACGGGAUGGAAGAUGUGGAGCAGCUGAAGAAAGCGGGAGCAAAGAAGCAGAAGAAGCUGGAGGAGAAACAAGCCAAGAAAGCCCAGAGAGAGGCGGAAAUGGAGGAGAGGGAGGAGAGGAGGAGGAUGCAGGAGCUCAGAGAGCAGGAGAGGCAGCAGGAGGAGGAGAAAGAACGACUGCUGGAGCAGAAACAGGAGGAGGAGGAGCGUCGGGCUAAAGAGGAGCAGGAGAGACGUGAAGAGGAGGAGUAUCUCAAACUGAAGGCUUCAUUCAUCAUCGAGGAGCAGGGAGAGGAGGAGCAGCUCUCAGAGGACCAGUCCCGUAACAUGCUGCAGGAGUUCAUCCAGUACAUUGAGAACUCUAAGGUGGUUCUCCUCGAGGAUCUGGCGUCUCAUUUUGGGAUGAGGACUCAGGACGCCAUUAGCAGGCUGCAGGAGCUGUUAGCUGAAGGAUCGCUCACAGGAGUGAUUGACGACAGAGGAAAGUUUAUCUCCAUCACCCCAGAAGAGCUGGACUCAGUGGCUCGCUUCAUCAAGCAGAGAGGACGAGUGUCCAUCACUGAGCUCGCUCAGGCCAGCAACUCUCUGAUCAACCUGCAACAAAUUAAAGUUUAGGGGCUCUUACCACAGCUGCUUUGAGGGGAGGAGGAUGACCAACCAAUGAGGUGACAGCUGUUUUCAAGCUGACACUCAAAAGUGAAACAUUUUGAUUUAAUCUGAUGCAGUUUUGCUUCGUACACUUUCAUCUUCAUAAACUUUAUUUAACAAUCA